AGGAGAAUUGCUAAAUGAUGUAAUACUGGACUUCUAUUUGAAAUAUUUGGUCUGUGAGAAGUUAAAAACGGAGGAUGCCAACAGGUGUCAUGUGUUCAGCUCCUUCUUCUACAGGAGUCUCACUCAAGAAGCCCAGAGGAGGCAUCCAGGUGCCACAGGUUUGUCGUAAGUAUGCAGCACGCGAGCCUCCGUAGACUCUCGCAGAGAACUGCUGUGCUCUCAAGCUUCAGAUAUUAUGUUGGCAACCUUCCCCCUCAGCAUACAGGAGAAAAGGCAUAACCGGGUGAAAACAUGGACCAGGCGUUUGGAUCUUUUUGAGAAAGACUUCAUUUUUGUACCAAUUAAUGAGUUGGCUCACUGGUAUCUGGUUGUCAUCUGCUUCCCGGGCCAAGUUUCACACUGCUCUGCCAUGGACUCUCGUGGGAAUAGGAAAGAGGAGAGUUCGGCUAAGUACGCUCCCAGCCUCUGUCUUCCUAACCCCAUGUCGCUCUUCUACAGACAGACGGCGUCUGAGCAGCUCUCCAGGUGGAACGCAUCUGUAGGUGAGAUGGACAGUGAGUUCAGCUUUGUCUCAGAUGAUGACAUGAAAGAAGGAAAUCGGCAUAAUGGCACCAGCAAUGGGAAUGCCUUCAGCUUUGCCAGCGUUGCUUAUAAGCAGCCCUGCAUUCUCAUUAUGGACUCUCUCACCUGCAGUGCCAAACCAGCAGUGGUGAAAGUACUUCAGGAAUACUUGGAGAUGGAGUGGUGGGUGAAGAAGGGUUCUCGGCAGAGUUUUGGGAAGGGAGCCAUGAAAGGUUGGAGUCUUCAGGUCCCACAGCAGGAUAAUAAUACCGACUGUGGGCUUUACCUUCUACAGUAUGUGGAGAGCUUCAUCACUAACCCACCACAGGUUUUCCAUCCUGCAGUGGAUCUAAGUGUCUGGUUUCCACAGGAAGUGGUGAAGAAAAAGCGUGAGAAAAUCAAGCGUCUUAUUUUCAGACUCCACCAUCAACAGCUAGGAAACUGAACAUCCUCCACAGGUUUUUUGCUCUUGUGAAUUCUGCUCCUUGGAGG